GAUUCUGAAGGGCGGGAAUGAAGGCAAAUAGGAUAUUCAACAGCAACAACGACAACAAUAAAUAAAAAAAAGUCCGUGAAGGUUGUCGCCAGCUUAAUCAAAUCUCUCUAGAAAGCCACCUGAACCUGACACUGCACUAACUUCCGCAGCACGGAGCCAGUGACCUCGAAAAUUACCCCGGUGCGCACUAAAUUUUCCGAGCCCGCACCUUUUCAUCUCUAUAUAGUCAGUCGGCAUCGGGUCGGGAAAGGGAGAUUCCGUCGAGAUUAUUCGGCUUAAUCCGACUAAUCACUUCGCGCUUCGGAGAUUUUUCGAGUUUGAAAGAGAGAGAGAAAGAGAGGGAGACAGAGAUAGAAAGAGAAAUAAAUUGCAUACAUGCGGGGUUCCGGACCGGAUGCCAUGUCGUCGACUGACGAGUGGGACGACGACCACUUCCGGGUCACGGCGGAGAAGAUGAGCGAACCCUCUGUUGAGGGUUGCUACGACUCCACCUUCCCGUACGAAAGUUGCCGCAAAAUGAGGUCUGAUCGUUCCGUGGGUGACACGUAUUCCAUCAUCACGGAGGAUCCUUUCAUGAAAGGCGAUUGCGCGGAAAUCAGCAGCCGCAUGAACCGGAAGGAUCCUCUCGCGAAAGUGCUUCCGAGAAGUUCGGAUUUUCUCUCCUCGUUUCUCAGUCAACGCGGCGGCGGCUCGGGCAACUUUGAUUCGAUGAUGGCCAGGUCAAUAACGGAUUCUCACGACGAUCCCGACGAUCGAGGUCAUCUUUUCGGUGAUCAGUUGAUGGUGACGCAAGACUUUUCUGCGGGUCGCACGUCCAAAGACUUUGAAACGUUGCAACAGGCUUCACUCGCUGUUGACGCGACAGCCAUGAAUAUUCGGGAGCUGGCUGACGAGAUUUCGAAGCCACCGGACGCCAGUCGUUCCCAUGAAUUUUUAGAUGGCUUGAAAAAGGUUAUCCAGAGAAUCGGAACUGCCUACGAUGACCUCGUUCAACCCGCAGAGUUGAGUUUCAAGUUCGCAGAUUUCUACCAGCCUCCAUUGAAUAUGGAAUGUCACUUUUCUCCUCAUGCAACUUUGCUCUUGGUCGGUCCAGACGAUGCUGGAAAAUUGAAUUUUGCAAUCGAGAGCUUCCUUACGGAAGAGUCAGUGGCACGGGAAGUGCGAAAAUGGUUUGCACACAGCGGAAGUGGAUCGAAAAAGGACGUCCUCGUUUUAACUCACGGGAAGCGUAAUUGUUUGGUCGGAAAAGUAGAUUCAGCGCCGUUCCAGUCUUCAGAAACUAAAAAGAUAGUCGCUGACACCUUGUCACAAACUCAAACUGCGAAACAAGCUGUCAUUUUAUGCUGCAAAUCCGACGCAUUGAUCAAUGUGACUCUGUUUUGCCUCAGAAGCUUCCGAGCAGGGUCAUUAGAUGAAUCCCAGCAGAGCUCUGUGGAGCAAAGAGCCGAAGACACCAAACAAGAUGGAGUCAAGAAUCCUGCCUACAGCGACCCAGCCCUCUUACGAACGUUUCGCAUUGCCAAAUCAGUCGACAAAAUUUGCGUGUUCGUUAACCUCUGCAGCCGUGUGCCGAAUCUCGGCCCAGAUUUCUUUCAUCUCUUGGACUGUCUCAGCACUUUUCGGCACAAGGCUGCGUUUGUGGCUGGGGCAAAUUUGCCAAUCCAUCGAUUAUCGCAAUCGCCGAGCUCCAAGUCUUCCACUGCAAAUUUCCUGUACGUUGCUGAACAAACAGCGGAUUUGAGCAGUUCGGCGGGUGUUGAGCAAACUUACCGAACUCUGACGCGCGAAGGUUACGAGUUGUUCGCUUAUGCAGUUUCUCGAAGCUUUGCCAAUUGCACGCCGCUGAUUUUCGUCACGUUGAACAAGCAUUGGCUGCCGGGCUCAGGUUCGAUGGAGAGUUUCGAGAGGAUCGGCACUAAAUUCGAUUUGAAGAAGUUUCUGGGGAUCGAAAGAAGUGUU